AUGAAUAACUUUAGAACAGGAAUAAAGUUUGGGAAAAUCAAAGUACUCAAUGUGGCAGAGAAACCCUCUGUAGCCAGGUCGAUAGCAAACGUGCUUGCUCGUGAUCACACAGUAGAAGAAACCCAAUCUCCAUAUAACAAAUUAUUCAAAUUCAAUUUUAAGUUUGGAGACUAGGAGGUUGAGAUGUGGAUAACAUCAGUUACAGGGCAUUUAAAGAGUCUGAGAUACCCUAAGCAAUAUUAGAAAUGGGAUUAGUGGGAUCCCAUCAUUAUAUUAAAGGAUGCAGAAAUUGAAAAUAUAAUUCCUAAUGAAAAGAGAUUUUUGGAAGGGAAUUUAAAAUAAUUUGCACGGGAAUGUAGUCAAUUAAUUCUGUGGUUAGAUUGUGAUAGAGAAGGUGAAAAUAUAGCAUUUGAAGUUCUGGAGGUUUGUAAGGAUUCAAAUCCUUAAAUUUAAGUACAUCGAGCUCAUUUUUCAGCAGUCACCUAUAUUGAUAUUAAGAAAGCUUUGGAUAAUUUAAAAUAGCCAGAUGAAAAUUUAUCUAAUUCUGUACUUGCUCGAUAGGAAAUCGAUCUUAGAAUAGGAGCAUCUUUUACUAGAUUUCAAACUCUACUAUUAUAAUAGCAAUUUCAUUUGUAAUCUGUCAUUAGUUAUGGUCCUUGUUAAAUUCCAACAUUAGGAUUUGUAGUAUAAAGACAAAAAGAAAUUGAUUCAUUUGUAAAAGAGAAAUUUUGGUUUAUCUAAUGCGAAGAUUAAACAAAAUGUGGGUAUAAUUGGAGUAGAGGCAACAUUUUUGAUGAAAUGAUUGUAUUAAUAUUAUUUGAAAGAUGUUUUACAGAAUAAGCAAAGAUAACGGAUGUUUAAUCUAAAGAAGUUCAGAAAUGGAAACCCUACCCUUUAUCAACCAUAGAAUUUGAAAAAUUGGCUUCAAAAAAGCUAAAAAUAUCUGCUCAUAAAGCUAUGGAAUUAGCUGAGAAAUUAUAUAAUAGAGGUUUUAUUAGUUAUCCAAGAACUGAAACCAAUAAAUUUCCACCUACUAUUAAUUUAUAAAAUAUCAUCAGAGAUCAGGUUAAUCAUCCUGUAUGGGGAGAGUUUGCAUAAAGUUUGAUUAAUUGCAACUUUGAUUAACCAAGAGCAGGUAAUAAAGAUGACAAAGCCCAUCCUCCAAUACAUCCAGUUAAAAUGAUGCGCGAAUCAGAUGCCUAAACAUAAUAAGAAUGGGAAAUUUAUUAAUUAAUUACAAGACACUUCUUAGCAUGUUGCUCUAAGAAUGCUAAAGGCUCUGAGACAACAGUUAAUCUUUAAGUUUAGGAGGAAUCCUUCUAUAAACAGGGAUUGGUGAUUCUUGAAAAAAAUUAUUUAGAAAUUUAUCCCUAUGACGAAUGGUCAUAAUCUUAAGUACCAAAUUAUAAAAAAGGUGAUAUGAUAUAAAUUACACUAAAAAUUCAAAAUGGUAAAACUUCUCCUCCCAAACCUAUGACUGAAUCUGAAUUGAUUGGAUUGAUGGAUAAAAAUGGUAUAGGAACUGAUGCCACAAUUCAUGAACAUAUCAAUACAAUUUAAGAAAGAGAAUAUGCAAUAAAAAAAGGAUAAAUUAUAAAACCAACUAAACUCGGGUUAGCAUUAGUAGAAUCCUAUGAAAUGUUAGGUUUUACAUUGCAUAAACCACACUUAAGAGCUGUUAUGGAAUAAAGAAUGAAUGAAGUAGCAUAGGGAACAAAAUAAAAAAAAUAAAUAGUUGAAGCGACAAUAGCGGAGAUGAGUGAUAUUCUAAAGCAACUUUAAGAAAAAAGAAGUUAGAUUAUAUCUACAUUUGGAUAGUAUUUAGAAGCAUUAAAAGAUUAUGAUGAAAAUAAUGAUGAUGAUAAUACGUAGAAUAGAGACUUAACCUAACAAAAUUAAUAAAAAUAAAAAAAAAAUAAAAUACCAAAAAAGCAACAAUAAUACCAAUAAUAAUAAUAAUAAUAAUAAUAAUAAUAAUAAUAAUAAUAAUAAUAAUAAUAACAAUAAUAGUAAUAAUAAUAAUAAUAGUAAUAACAAUAAGUAUACUAAUAGAAUUAUUCGUAAUUCUGUAAUAUAUGUGGUACAUAAUUAGUUGAAAUUAAAUAAAUUAAUGGAACAUUCCUAGAAAUUUGUUUAAAAUGUUGUUUAGGUUAAGAAAAAUCUUAAAAUUUUAAUAGUAUAUAGAAUUAUCAACCUCAAUCUUAAAAUUAUAAUAGUAUGUCUAAUUUUUAACCUAAAUCUUAAAACAAUAAUACAUCUAAUUUUCAAUAAAAAUUUUUCAAAAGUUCAAAUUUUGAAGAAACAUUUAAAUGCAACUAGUGUUAAAACUAAAUGAAAAUAAGAUAAUCCAAAUUAAAGAAUUCCUAUUUUUUUGGUUGUCUUGGUUAUCCUUAAUGCAAUUAAGCAAUAUUUUUACCUGAUUACAUUAAAUCUAUAUAGAGAACAGAUAAAAAAUGUAGAAAAUGUAAUUCGAAUAUAUUUCAAACUGAAUAUUCUGAAAAUUCAACUUUUUAAUAAAAAUCUCAAUUACUUUGUUUAUAUCCUGAAUGUUCUGAAGGUUUCAAGACAGAAUGGAAAAAUUAAAAUAGAGAAUCACAAUAAACACAUUUAAACAAUUCAAAAUCAAAAUAGGGCUUCUUAAUGAGACAAGUUUAAUGCAAAAAAUGUAAUUAGUUUGGACAUUAUGAGGAUGUAUGUAAUAUCAACAGUAAAACAAUCCCUUCUUUAGCGGAUUCUAAUUAAAAAGAAAAAAAAGAUAAACUCUGCCCUUCAUGCGGUAUCACAGGAAGGCAUCCUAAAGGCUCUGAUUGCCCUAUGAAAAAGGUUAAGAAGAAAAUUUAAUGA